UUUUGUUUAAUGAAAACCAAACGCAAUGUCGUUUGAACCUUUUCCAUCUCUCUCCAGUUACCCGCCUAUCCCUCUGCAAUCUGCAUCUACUCAAAACCCUAAAACUCUCUAAUCAAAGCUUGAAACUUUUCAACAAUGGAAACACCAGCACGAGAUCCCCAAAAUUCUAAACCACAAUCAGAACAAGACCUACUAGGAACCCUAACAAAAAUCCUAACUUCAGAAAACGUCUCCUUUGAAUCCCUAAAACCCUACAUUCCCCAUCUCUCCACUAACCCUAGCCUCUUAAUCUCUUUAUUAAAUUCAAAAACCCUAAUUCAAAACCCUAACACUCUCCUUCAGUUUUACACAUACCUCCCUCCUUCAAUUACCCACCACUCACCUCUCCCUCUACUCUCUCUUCUCCCUUCCAUUCUCCGGUGCCGCCAUUUCUACGCUGCCAAAUCCCUUCUUUCCUCCUUUAUCCACGUCGACAAAUCGAGCUCCCUUCACUACCUCCUCCUCCACCCCCAAAAAACCAAUAACCCGGUCUCCUGUUUGCACAUUUCGAAGCCUCUUCUUGAUAUUUCCAUUGGAGCCUAUGUUGCGUGCGGUAGGCCCCAUCAAGCUGCACAAAUUUUUAACAGAAUGAAGAGAUUGGGUAUGCAGCCUACUUUGUUAACUUGCAAUACUUUGUUAAAUGCUCUAGUGAGAUACCCGUCUUCGCAUUCAAUCAGAUUGUCUAAAGCUGUCUUUACUGAUUUUAUUAAGAUUGGUGUUAAGAUUAAUACAAACAGUUUUAAUAUUUUGAUUCAUGGAUCUUGCAUGGAGAACAGGUUUGGUGAAGCAAUAAGGGUUUUGGGUAAAAUGCGGGAUUAUGGAUGUCCGCCAGAUAAUAUUACUUAUAAUACAAUUUUGGAUGGUUUGUGUAAGAAAGGGAGGUUAAAUGAGGCUAGGGAUUUGUUGUUGGAUAUGAAAAAUAAAGGGUUGUUCCCGAAUAGGACUACGUUUAAUAUAUUGGUCGUGGGGUGUUGUAGGUUAGGGUGGUUAAAGGAGGCAGCGAACGUUAUUGAAUUAAUGUCGCAGAAUAAUGUGGUGCCAGAUGCUUGGACAUAUAAUGUGAUGAUUAGUGGGUUUUGUAAACAGGGUAGGAUUGCUGAGGCAAUGAGAUUAAGGGAAGAGAUGGAGAAUUUGAAGCUGUCACCCGAUGUGGUAACGUAUAAUACUUUAAUUAAUGGGUGUUUUGAACAUGGGAGUAGUGAGGAGGGGUUUAAAUUGAUUGACGAGAUGGAAGGGAGAGGAAUGAAGCCGAAUUCAGUUACUUAUAAUGUGAUGGUUAAGUGGUUUGUGAAGAAAGGGAAAAUGGAUGAAGUGGAUAAGACUGUUAGAAAGAUGGAAGAAAGUGGGUGUUUGCCAGAUAUCGUUACUUAUAAUACUUUGAUAAGUUGGCAUUGUAAGGUGGGGAAGAUGGAUGAAGCAUUCCGAUUGAUGGAUGAAAUGGGGAGGAAAGGUCUGAAGAUGGAUGAUGUGACUCUUAACACUAUGCUUCGUGCCCUCUGUAGGGAGAGGAAGCUUGAUGAAGCACACGACUUGCUUUGCAGUGCUCGUAGGCGAGGCUAUUUUGUUGAUGAAGUUAGUUAUGGCACUUUGAUCAUAGGAUAUUUUAAGCAUGAAAAGGCAAGUCAAGCUUUGAGGCUUUGGGAUGAGAUGAAGGAGAAAGAGAUCAUUCCAAGUAUUAUCACCUAUAACUCUAUGAUUGCAGGCUUAUGCCAAAUGGGAAAAACUAAUCAAGCAUUAGACAAGCUGGAUGAACUUCUGGAGAGUGGUUUGGUCCCUGAUGAAAUUACAUACAACACAAUUAUUCAUGGAUAUUGCCAGGAGGGUCAAGUUGAGAAAGCAUUUCAGUUCCACAACAAAAUGGUUGAGAAAAACUUGAAGCCAGAUGUAGUUACUUGUAAUACUCUUCUUUGUGGGCUCUGCAGAGAAGGUAUGCUUGAAAAAGCUCUUAAGCUCUUCAACACAUGGAUUUCAAAGGGUAAAGAUGUUGAUGCUGUUUCAUACAACACAAUAAUUUUAUCUCUUUGCAAAGAGAAGAGAUUUGGGGAAGCCUUUGAUCUUCUUGCAGAAAUGGAGGAAAAGAAACUAGGACCUGAUUGUUAUACAUAUAAUGCCAUUCUCGGUGGACUUACUGAUGCUGGAAGGAUGAAGGAUGCAGAGGAGUUCAUAUCAAAAAUUGCUGAGAAAGGAAAAUCGGAGUAUCAGUUCUUAGAAUUGGGGAAGAGGCAGGAUGCAAGGACCAGUGAGAUUCCCCAGGAACCUCAUCCAAAUGCGAUUGCUUAUUCAAACAAGAUUAAUGAGCUUUGUUCUCAAGGGAGGUACAAGGAUGCAAUGAAAAUUUUCCAUGAAUCGACUCAAAAGAACAUCAUCUUACUUAAAUCUACUUACAUUGAUCUGAUGGAUGGCCUUAUUAAGAGGAGGAAAAGCACAUCAAAAGGCAUGUUAUCUUCGUGACUUUUUAUUGGGGUUGUUCUGGAAAGUGUUAACUUGGAGAAGGCUCAUCGUCAAGUUUAGCUCAGAUUCAUCAGGAUUUAAACUCAAAGCCGAGUUUCAGUAAUUUUUUUGGAUCAGUUUCUUCAUUUUAAACAACUUGAAGAGAUAUUUUUCUGGCAAAAGAUUCGAGAAGGUAUCGCGCCAAAGAAGGGGAUUAGAGUCUGCCUUCUGAAAGCCAAAGAAGGGAAAAAUACACCAACCCUGAAAGAGGAGAGUUGCAAUCCUACCAAAUUACACUGAGCUUUUGUUCCUCAAAAGUCCUGAUAUUUCUAGUUCUGUAGUCCUUACUCCUGUUCUUUUGUAUACUGUCGUGUUGAUUUUCAAUUAAGCCAGCCAUGCAUAUAUGAUAGAGUAAAAAUUUUGUACAAUUGCCGCAUAAAACGGUGCAAUAAAAUCUAACCUUCCCAUAGAUGAUAGAAUCAAAAUUUUGUACAAUUGCUGCGUAAAACAGUGCAAUAAAAUCUCUCCUUUCUAUUUCUGGGAUCA